CACUUUGCUCAGACACCACGGCCGCUGCCUUUGACAGAGGCCACCACCACCACCAUGGCCGGCUCGCGUGAGCAGCGCACCGCGUUCCCCACGCGCCUUCUGCUGCUGUUGCUGCUGCCGCUCGCCACGUGCCACAGCCAAGCGCAGUAUAAGUUCGACACCGCCGUGGUGCUGCACCUGGCCAAGGUGCUGCUGGACAACUACUGCAUCCCCGAGAACCUGGUGGGCAUGGACGAAGCCAUACAGCGAGCGGUGGACAACGGGGAACUCCUCGGCGUCUCCGACCCCGAGAGCGCCGCGUCGGCGCUCACCGAGGGGAUCCAGGGGGCCCUCAAUGACCCCAGGAUCGCGGUGAGCUACGUGCCAGACGUGGACGACGACGGCGACCGGGAGGAGGGUGACGCGGAGGGAUGGGACGCUGGUGAGCAGCACCGCCCCACUACCUUCGAGGAGCUACUAGCCACCAUCCCGCAAAAGACGAGCUUCGCGGUGCUGGACGGAAACGUGGGCUACCUGAGAGCCGACGAGAUCAUAAGCGAGGCGACCAUCAAGAAGCUGGGCCCCGUCAUCGUCCAGAGGAUUUGGAACCGGCUGGUGGACACGGACACAUUCGUGCUGGACCUCAGAUACAACUCGCACGGCGACAUCACGGGCCUGCCCUACCUGGUGUCCUGCUUCUGCGAGCCCAGGCCCGUGCUGCACCUGGACACGGUCUACUACCGGCCCACGAACGAGAGCAAGGAGAUCUGGUCCCUGCCGGACCUCCAGGGGGCCCGCUUCGCCAAGCACAAGGACGUGUUCGUGCUCGUGAGCGCGAACACCGAGGGAGUCGCCGAGAACGUGGCCUACGUGCUCAAACACCUCCACCGGGCCACCGUGAUCGGCGAGCAGACGGCCGGAGGCUCCCUCGAGGUGGAGCGCUUCCGCCUGGGCGACUCUCGAUUCUUCGUCACCGUGCCCACGGCGAGGUCCCAGAGCCCGCUGACGGGCCGCAGCUGGGAGCUGACGGGCGUCUUCCCGUGCGUGAGCGCGCCCUCCGAGCGGGCCCUGGACAAGGCCCUGGAGAUCCUGAACGCUCGCGGCGUGGCCCGCAAGGCCGUCGAGGCGGCGGGCGAACUCCUGCUCAGCUCCUACACGUUCGUGGAGCGCGCCUCGGCCAUAGCGGACCACCUCUCGUGGUCCGAGUACGGCUCCGUGGUGUCCGUGGAGGACCUGACGUCGAAGCUCACCCAGGACCUGCAGUCGGUGGCCGAGGACCCGCGUCUCGUCGUGAGCAACCGCGAGCCCGAGUGGCCCCCGCUGGCGCAGCCGAUCCCCCCGGGCCCACCCGCGCCGCUGCCGGACGACGAGCAGAUGCUAGAGGCCAUCGUGGACAGCGUGUUCAAGGUGGAGGUCCUGGAGGGGAACAUCGGCUACCUCCGCUUCGACGAGUUCGGGGACGCGUCGGCCGUGAUGAAGCUCAGAAAGCAGCUGGUCUCCAAGGUGUGGGAGCGCAUCCAGCCCACAGACAACGUGAUCAUAGACCUCCGCUACAACCUCGGGGGUUCUUCCACCGCCAUCCCCAUCGUGCUCAGCUACUUCCAGGAUACGUCGCCGCCCGUGCACUUCUACACGGUGUACGACAGGCUGCGCAACGUCACCGCCGAGUUCCACACGGUGUCGAACCUCACCUCGCAGCUCUACGGCUCCAAGAAGGGCGUCUACCUCCUCACGAGCCAGCACACGGCCACGGCGGCCGAGGAGUUCACCUACCUCAUGCAGUCGCUCAACAGGGCCACCAUCGUGGGCGAGAUCACGUCGGGCAGGCUGGCACACAGCCUGGCGUUCCGACUCUCGGACACGGGCCUCUACAUGACCGUGCCCAUCAUCAACUUCAUCGACAACAACGACGAGUACUGGCUGGGUGGCGGCGUCGUGCCCGACGCAAUCGUGCUGGCCGAGAACGCGCUGGACGCGGCCAAGGAAAUCAUCGACUUCCACCCGAAAAUGGUGUCGCUGCUCGAGUUGGCCGGCUCGCUCGUGGAGGGCUACUACGCGAUGUUGAGCGACGGCGAGAACGCCACGGCCGAGAUCCUCCUCAAGUACCGCGAGGGAAAGUACCGCUCGGUGGUGGACUACGAGGCGCUUGCGUCGCAGCUCACCUCGGACCUGCACGAGAUCUGGGGCGACCACCGCCUGCACGCCUUCUACAGCGACCUGCAGAUCGAGCGCAUGGACGCGGACAAGACGCCGAGCGUGCCGUCUCCCGAGGAGCUCAGCGUGCUCAUCGACACCGUCUUCAAGGUGGACAUCCUCGCCAACAACGUCGGCUACCUGCGCUUCGACAUGAUGACCGACGCCGAGGUGCUGAAGCACGUGGGGCCUCAGCUGGUGGAGAAGGUGUGGAACAAGAUCUCCGGCACGCGCUCGCUCGUCAUCGACGUGCGCUACAACAUGGGCGGCUACUCGACGUCCAUCCCGAUCCUCUGCUCGUACUUCUUCGACGCGUCGCCUCCGCGCCAUCUCUACACGGUCUUCGACCGGCCCAGCAGGAGCAGCGCCGAGGUGUUCACGGUCCCGCGGGUGCUGGGCCAGCGCUACGGCGCCAGCAAGGACGUCUACAUCCUCACGAGCCACAUGACCGGCUCGGCCGGCGAGAUCCUCACGAGGGUCAUGAGCGACCUCAAGCGGGCCACGGUGAUCGGCGAGCCCACGACGGGCGGCUCGCUGUCCACGGGCACCUACCGCAUCGGGGACAGCCGCCUCUACGUCUUCAUCCCCAACCAGGCCGGCGUGAGCCCUUCGGGGGGCCGCACGUGGAGCGUGGCGGGCGUGGAGCCGCACGUGCAGACCAAGGCGUCCGAGGCGCUGCAGUCGGCCCUGCGCAUGGCGGCGUUGCGCGCUGACGCCCCGUCUAUCCUGCGCACGGCGGGAAAGCUGGUGGCCGACGGCUACUCGAGGGCGGAGGCCGCGCUCGGCGUCCCCAGCAAGCUGGCGGCGCUGCUCGCGGCCGGGGAGUACGGAGCCCUGAGGUCCGAGGAGGAGCUCGCCUUCAAGUUGACCGUGCACCUGCAGCUCAUCACGGGGGACCGCCACCUCAAGGCGGUGUGUGUGCCCGAGCAUGCCACGGACAGGAUGCCGGGCAUCGUGCCCAUGCAGAUGCCUCCAACCGAGUCGUUUGAGGACCUCAUCAAGUUCUCGUUCAUCACGGACGUGUUGGAGGGGAAGAUCGGCUACCUUCGCUUCGACCUAUUCAGCGACCUGGAGGCGCUCGAGCACGUGGCCCACCUGCUGGUGGAGCACGUGUGGAAGAAAAUCUGCGACACCGAGAUCCUCAUCAUCGACCUAAGGUACAAUGUAGGAGGUCCCAUCUCCUCCAUCCCCACACUCGCCUCCUAUCUGUUUGAUGAAGAUCAGCCGGUUCUGCUCGACAGCGUCUACACGAGACGGUCCAACACCACCCAGCAGAUGUGGACCAUCGCGAGAUUACCCGGCAAGCGCUACGGCUCGCGCAAGCCCGUGCUGGUGCUCACGAGUCGUCAGACCCUGGGCGCCGCCGAGGAGUUCGCGGCCGUGCUCAAGCGUCUGGGCCGCGCACUCCUCAUCGGCGAGACGACGGGCGUCGGCUGCCUGCCGGCACACACCUACCACGUGGACGGCACGCACCUCUACCUGGCCGUGCCGGGCCAGCGCUCGCUGCUGGCGCGCUGGGAGCGCACCGGCGUCUCCCCCCACGUUCCCGUGGCCCCCCAGGCCGCGCUGCUCAAGGCCAAGCAGUUGGCGCGGCACCGGCUGGCGGCAGCGCACCCCGCCACCACCGCCGCAGUGCCCCCCCUGAGCUUGUAGGCAAUGGUGGGAUGCAGUGGCGUGGUUGGGUUGGGUGGCGUGGGCUCCGGUGCAACAAGUGAAAAGAGAUUUAAAGCUUUCGUGACUGCAGGGAUUCAACUUCUUGGUUCUGUCGGUAAAGUCACGUAGA